UUAUUUUAUUAAGCAAAUCUUUAAUUUUAAUUUGAAAUAGAAACUAAAUCAAUAAUAUCCAUUAAAGGAUUAAUAAUAUUCAACUUUAAAUAAAUUACAAAGAUGAUUUUAGGUAGCAAGAAUAUACUCAAAAGACUUUAUUUAAGCAGCUUUUAAAAGACUGGCAAUUUAAAAAAAAAUGCUAAAUUAUAUUAGAAUUUAAACGAUUUGUUUGCAUCUCGUUCCUUAUGUAUGAUGGCAAAUAGAUCAUUCUCUAACAUAAAUAAAUUUGGAGAAAGUGGAUUAUAGUUAAAUGAAAAAAAAGACUAAAAUUAAAUCAAAAAGGGAGAGAAUGCUUAACGUCGUUAAAGAUUAACAGAAAAAGAGGAAUCCGAUGAUUCAGAUAAUGAAAGCGAUUCUAAGCUAAAAUAAAAUGUGAAUGAUGAAUCUUAAAUGGAAAAUGAAAACGAAUCAGAAGAUCAAAAAGAAAUUAAUAAACUUACUAAAUCAAGAAAUCAUAGUGCUUAUGAUUCUAAUGAUUCUAUUGAGAAUUUGGUUGGACUUGAAUCUCUUAAUGAUGAAAAUAUCCAAAAUACCUAAAAGUUGUUAAAUAAAAUUCUUAAAGGAGAGGUAGAGUUUGAAGAAGGAGAUUCCAUCGAUAAGCUCGUUUCUCUAGAAGAUGUUUUUAAAACAAGAGAAAGACGUCUUUCAUUCUAGCUUAUGGAAAUAGAAAAUCCAUAAAGAAUACUUUAAUUCUAUAACGAAGAAGUAGAAAGAAUCAAAAAAAGAGAUGGAGAAGAAGAUCCCCUUAGUGUUGAUGAAAUUUGUCUUUUCUUCUACUUUGCCACUUUUUAGAAAAAAUUUAUCUCAGAUAAUGCUACUUUUUAGAAAAUUCUUGUUUAAAUUAUUGAAAAUUCUAAAGAUCUUUCAGCAGAUUCAAUGCAAACAUUUAUUUGGUCAUUAGGCUCAUACAUGUAUGAAUUUGGAUUUAUAGAGUUGUCUGAGUAAAUGAAAAAAAAUUUAUCUGAUUCAAUAUUAAAAAAGUGUUAAUUUUUCGAUUAUGCUCAAAAUCCUUCUUUGUGUUUUGCCCUAAGCUAAAUAUUUUAAGGUGAAAAUGAUGGUGCUUUGUCUCAACCAAUUGUAGAUGUUCUUGCCACUAAGAGUGCAAAAUACAUAGAAACAUUAACUCAUGACGAGUUAAUUACCAUGAUCAUGACUUUUAUGACAGUAGGAUAUUCAAAUUCCUCAACAAUAAGUCAAUUCGUAGAAAGACUAGUUCAAAUUAAAGAGGAAUUAGACGAAGAGCAAAUUUAAAAAGCCAUUAGUGCUUUAGGUGAGUUGAAUUAUGGUAACUCAAAACAAUUCUCUAUUCUCACAAAAGAAAUUCUAGAUAGAGACUUAGGUAAUUCAGAACCAAAUAUGUCUACCGAAACAGCCUGCAGUUUGAUUUUUACCUUAUCAGGUGCCUAAGAAAAAAAUGAGGAGCUGCUUAGGAGAUUGCUAAGAAUCAUCCAUAGUAAAUAUAAAGAAAUUAAUAUAACAAGCUAUGUCAAUCUUUGGCUCGGAUUAGCUAGAUUCAGAAUUGAUCCUGCCAAAUAUGAAUAGACAUUUUCUAUUUUGCACAAAGUUCUUGGUUCUGGUCAUGUUUUCUAGAUUAAAGAUUUAAACAAUGACGAAAUUAUUAGAAUUAUUAUUGCAGCUUCUUCUUUAAAGUUAAAUAAUAAACCUCUUGUUGGUGAUCUCUUAAACAAUAUAUAAAAUAGAAUGAGAUUGCUUAAGACUGAUUAGCUUAUCCUUUUGGCUAGAUCAACAGUAAUCUAUGUUAAAUAAUUUGAGUCUUUCUUUGUAGGCGUUCACGGUGAAUGCUUAGCUAAGCUUGAUAAAUUCACUCCCGAAUAGAAAUAAAUUCUUAAAUAAACAUUCAAUCGUACAAGAAUACUUUUCCCACAUUCACCAUUAACUGAUACAACAAUUUGAUAAAUAUGGAAAUUGAAUUUAAAAAUGUUAAUUUUCAAUAUAAAUUUUAAAUUUUAUUUUCUCAAUAUGACUUGUAUGAAAUAUUCCU